CCCGCCCCCCAGGGCCGCAGGGCCCGCGCCCUCCUCCCGCGGGAGAUGGUCCGGGCCAAGUGGGCGCGUCCGGCCCGGGUCGCCGGGAUCUGGUGUCCGCUGCAGCUGACAGUGCGGCGGACGCGGGCACCGGCACAGCCGCCGGCGGGGCCGGCUAUUAAUAACGCUCCGGGCGAGCCCGGGGUCGGGCAGUCAUGGCCAGUCCGGAACCCCUGCGCGGCGGGGACGACGCCCGGGCUGUGAGGGAAACAGGUACAGAGGCUGGUUUGUCUCUUCAGGACUCAGAAUCCCCGAAGGAGACCAUGACUUUGAGCCCCGAGGCCACUUUAUCUUUGGAGGGGACUGUGAACCUAGAUGACAUUCUCUACCUGGGGGACUCAGGGGACUUUGAAGGGAGUCUUUACAUGGAAGAGUUUGAGGAGCCAGAGAAAACACUAUAUAUCGAAGAAUCGAGGCAGCCAGAGGAGGCUCUGUGCCUGGAAGAGCCUUUGAGUCCAGAGGAGACCUGGCUUGUGGAGGAACCUGUGAAGCCAGAUGAGGUUCAGUUUUCAGAGGAGCCUGUGGAGCCUGCUGAGAGCCCAAGCCCAGAGCAGACUGCUUGUGAGGCGGCCCUGGAGGAAAGCCUCCCAGCUCCACAGAGUCCCAGCACAGAGGAGGAGCUCAGCGUGGAGGAUCUGGAACUGCUGGAAGGCCGAUUCCAGCAGUGCGUACAAGCUGUAUCCCAGCUGGAAGAGGAGAGGGAUCAGCUUAUCCACGAGCUUGUGCUGCUCCGGGAACCAGCCCUGCAGGAGGUACAGCAAGUCCACCAAGACAUCCUGGCUGCCUACAAGCUGCACGCACAGGCCGAGCUGGAGCGUGAUGGGCUCAGGGAAGAGAUCCGGAUGGUGAAGCAGAAACUGUUCAAGGUGACCAAGGAAUGCGUGGCCUACCAAUACCAGCUGGAGUGCCGCCAGCAGGACGUGGCUCAGUUUGCAGAUUGCAGGGAAGCGCUGAGCACUCGGGCAGCCCAGCUCUCGGGAGAACUGACCCAGCUCCGAGAUGCCUACCAGAAACAGAAGGAGCAGUUGCAGCAACAGCUAGAAGCACCCCCAACCCAGAGCGACGGGCACUUUCUCCAGGAGAGUCGGCGGCUGUCGACACAGUUUGAAAACCUCAUGGCUGAGAGCCGCCAGGGCCUGGAAGCUGAGUAUGAACCUCAGCUGCUGCGACUCCUGGAGAGGAAAGAAGCAGGGACCAAAGCUCUGCAGGACACUCAAGCAGAGAUCCAAAAGAUGAAGGAGGCUCUGAGACCCCUGCAAGCAGAGGCCCGGCAGCUCCAUCUUCAGAACAGGAACCUGGAGGACCAGAUCACGCUCGUGAAGCACAAACGCGACGAAGAGGUUCAACAGUACAGGGAGCAGCUGGAGGAGAUGGAGGAGAGACAGAGGCAGUUACGAAGUGGGGUACAAGUCCAGCAGCAGAAGAACAAAGAGAUGGAGCGGCUGAGGACCAGCCUUGCUGAAGAGCUUUCAGCAUAUAAGGCUACACUACCCAAGAGUCUGGAACAGGCUGAGGCAGCUACUUCUCCAGCAGGUGGAGCCAAGGCCCAACCCCAAGGGACUGUUUAGAAAUGCAUUGCCGGAUCUGUGACCCAGAAACAA